AUGACUUAUAUUGGUGCGGGAAUGAUCUGUUCCCAUCUUGUGAAUUUAUCUUUGCUUCUCGGAGCGGUGCUUUCUUGGGGAGUAAUGUGGCCGUUGAUCGGUGGGCUUAAAGGAGAGUGGUUCCCUUCAACUCUACCAGAAAGUAGUAUGAAGAGUCUAAAUGGUUACAAGGUUUUCAUUUCUAUUGCUCUGAUCCUAGGAGAUGGCCUCUACAAUUUUCUCAAGAUACUCUAUUUCACUGCCACUAGCAUGCGUGCCAGAGCGAAAGCCGACAGCCUCAAAGCAAAAGACAAAGGCCAAGCUCUUGAUGAUCUUAAAAGAAAUGAAAUCUUCCUAAGAGAGGGGAUCCCCCUUUGGGUAGCUUGUGUAGGGUACAUCGUCUUCUCCAUCAUUUCCAUUGUUAUCAUCCCUCUCAUGUUUCCGCAGCUAAAGUGGUACUAUGUAGUUGUUGCCUACAUUCUAGCUCCCUCUCUGAGCUUCUGCAAUGCUUACGGGGCUGGUCUAACUGACAUGAACAUGGCUUACAAUUAUGGAAAGGUGGCCCUCUUUUUACUUGCAGCCUUGGCUGGUAAACAAGACGGCGUGGUUGCUGGACUUGUGGGCUGUGGCCUGAUUAAAUCCAUUGUGUCCAUUUCUUCUGAUUUGAUGCAUGAUUUCAAGACCGGCCAUCUCACUCUCACUUCUCCUAGAUCAAUGCUUCUUAGCCAAGCCAUUGGGACUGCCAUAGGCUGUAUUGUAGCUCCAGGCACAUUCUUACUCUUCUACAAGGCUUUCGACGUCGGGAACCCUGACGGCGAAUACAAAGCUCCCUAUGCCAUCAUCUACAGAAACAUGGCAAUUCUUGGCGUUGAAGGCUUCUCUGCCCUUCCCCAACACUGCUUGCAGCUUUGUUACGGGUUUUUCGCCUUCGCCAUUCUGGCCAACUUGUCGAGAGAUCUUUCUCCCAAGAAUAUUGGAAAAUACGUUCCUCUUCCAAUGGCUAUGGCGGUGCCUUUCCUCGUCGGAGCUUACUUCGCAAUUGACAUGUGUGUUGGGAGUUUGGCUGUGUUUGUUUGGCACAAGCUGAACAGCAGAAAGGCAAGCUUGAUGGUUCCUGCUGUGGCUUCUGGCUUGAUCUGUGGUGAUGGGUUGUGGAUUCUUCCUUCAUCAAUCCUUGCUCUAGCAAAAAUUCGUCCACCGAUCUGCAUGAGCUUCCUAGGAUCCAAGUAA